AUGAUAAUCAAAGUAAAGACUCUGACCGGUAAGGAGAUUGCAGUUGAACUAAAUGGCGAAGAUCCUAUCUACAGGAUCAAAGAGUUGUUAGAGGAGAAGGAAGGUAUUCCACCAUCCCAGCAGAGGCUUAUAUUCCAGGGCAAACAAAUAGAUGAUCAACAGACUGUUUCCUCUGCCAAGCUGGUGGAUGGCAUGCAAUUGCACCUGGUGUUGACAUUAAGAGGUGGUAAAUAA